CGCGGUCACACCGGGGAAGGACGCACCGAUCUCCGAGGAGAGGGGGGGAAGUCGGCUUUUGUUUGCUGGACAGCGUCACACACACCUGACAGGCGAAGAUAACAAGACAAACAACAACAAAAGGGAGGUUGCGCAAAAGUAGUUGCAACAUUCAGGAUUUCAGCCGAUUUCUGCAAGUCGUGGCAUUUGUUUGGGAACUAGUCAAACAAUGCACUCUGUCGGAGACGGCUGAUGCCCCAAGAUGAGACUCGGAGGAAGUUUUUGGCGACGUUCCGCUGUUUUGUGGUCCUCAGGUGGGACAAAGUCUGGUAGGUCUCUCCGGUCACCUUCUGCUAUAAUGCCUUGUGGCGGCGCGCCGGCGUGCGUGUGACUGACUGACUGACUGACAGUCUGCCCAAGAGAGAAAGAGAGGCUGGAUAGAAACAGCAGACAGGCUGUCAGGCAGAGACGGCUGGACUCCCAGCGCAGGCUUCUCUCCUCUCUCCCCGCUCCCCAGACUCAUGCAGGAUGCCCGGGAAGCGCCGCCGGGGAGCGCUGGUCCAGCUCAGCCCGAGUUCAUGACGCCCUGGGCGGCCUCGUCAUGCGUUUCCUGCCCGAGCCCAGCGCCCAUUCCCUCCGGCUUCUCUUCCUCUUUAUCUUCGUGAUGGGGGUGGCCCCCUCUCCGGCGCUCACAGCCGGCUGUCCCGACGGAUGCGUGUGCGACGACCAGCUGGUGGUCCAGUGUGCCGGACAGGAUCUCACGCUGUUCCCCAACGACCUGCCCCUGGCGACCCGGCAGCUCAUCCUCUCCAACAACCGCAUCGCGGACCUGCCGCCCCUUCAGCUCAACUACCUGUCCGACCUGGUCUAUCUCGAUUGUAGCAACAACUCGCUGACAGACAUCUCCGAGUCUACUUUCGGGAACUUGCGGAAACUCGCUUACUUGGACUUGUCUUUCAACACGCUGCUGCAGAUCGAGGACCGGACUUUCGGGCCCCUGGCUUCCCUGGUGAUGCUCCGGUUGACGGACAACCCGAAUCUGGGGGAGAUCCACCCGGACGCCUUUUCGGAGAACUUUGCCCUGCAGGUCCUGGACGUGAGUCGGAACAACCUGACGGUCUUGAACAUCAGCAGUCUGAUCGCCCUGCCUGCUCUGCGCUCUCUGGGCCUCAGCGGGAACCCGUGGAGGUGCGAUUGUGACACCGAAGACCUCUGCCUGUGGGUGCAGAUAGAGGGAUUCAAGUUCCAAGAUGAGGGCCAGACGAUUUGCUACAACCCUCCGGAGCUGGCGGGCCAGCGGUUGGCGGAGGUCGGCAUGCAGCUGCGGGCGGACUGCCACCAGGGUCUGGGCUACUGGGACUACCUCUUCUUCAUCGCCAUCGGCUUCGUCAUCUUCUCGGCCGGCACGGUGUCGGCCUGGGUGAUGGGCGUGCUCAUGGUGCUGUACGAGCGCUACAGCAAGCGGAAGAGCGAGGAGCUGGACAGCGAGGACGAGGACGAGAGGGGGCCGAUGAACGGGAGUGGCGGAGGAGGCAACCAGGGCAACGGGGAUCUGAGCAAACCCAACAUGCAGGUGUGACGGGCCGCUGCGGAGAGGCGUCCGGAAACGCUACUUGAAGGGAAGACGGACAGAAAACGGAGGAGGGACGAGCCAACGCCGUGAAACUGCUUGUCUCUUCUUGUUGCAGAUUUGGAUAUCGCAAAUGCUCUUUAACGUGACGAAAAGUGGGUGUUUAAGUGUGUGUUGGCGUGCGUGUGUGUGUGAGAGAGAGAGAAACAAUCAGAGACAGCAAUAAGGUUGCCUUUGAGCUAGGAGAACAGAUUGACCUCUGAGAUUAUUGAGAGCAAUAACCCUGCACAUACAACCACAAGUUCCUCCAUGCGAUGUAAAGUGCUCUUUACCAACACCUUGUGUGAGUGGCACAUCCAAGCACACGCGCACUUCAUUCAGAAAAAUAAAGGUAAAAUAGGGGGAGAUUCACAAAAAAAGAAGAAGAAAAAAAAGACCGAUGCCUUAAAUCUGCCACAGUCGAAACAGGGAAACUUGUUUAUGUCAGUGUUUAAACGGUAUCUUCACUUGAAAUAGUCAACAUUAGCUGUUCUGUGUUCAGGACGAAAUCUGUCCACAUAGAGCAAAACGUCAUUUUGGGGGCACAUAAUUAAACAGAUAGAAAACACAGUAGUGUGAUUGUACAUAAAAGAAGUGACUCGCAACUCACUGAAACACAAGCAACGCAGAAAGUUCAGGGACCCGCCGUUCAAAAGUCAACGCAUUCUGUUCUUCAUUGAGGCUGCUGAGAUCGAAGCGGCCUCGGAAACUUUCCGUGGGGAUCUUAGAAAUAUUUCAAACUGUAAACUUUUCAUGGGAAAUCACGAGGAUGAACUGGAAAUUUGAGGAAACCACAUCACAUACGGGCAUGAAUUUUAUUUUUUUUUUGUAACUAAAUUUCUAUUAAUUCCCAUGAAAAGUUUCUAAGUUUGGCAACCGUAUUUCUUAUGUCAAACAGGCACUUUGUUGAGGUUUUUUUUUUGUUCUUUUUAGCUACAAGUACUAUUGGAGAUUAUUUGCUUAAUUGGUUUUGCAGUCUUUUUGACUGACAGCUGGUAAGAGGCAAAAAAAGCUGAUGCAGUCUUCUCACACGAGAAAUAUUAGCAGAAUUAAUUGUGUGACAUUUUUUUGAAUGUAAAAACAUCUUGGAUUCUAAAAAGCUUUGCCGGUUUCUAACAAAGCAGCUUGACACCACUUAAAAACCUCGUUUUGGGCUGAUCUUCCAGGGUGCUUAAGCUUCGUAGAGUGAAGCCUCAGUGCUCUUCUCAGCUAGGCGUGAUUACAGGCUCCCGCUUGUUCCCGAGUUUCGAGUGGCCGUUUGAGAAAUUUAGGCUUAGAGCACACUGCGCAGUGGCACAAAUUGUACAUGACUUGGAACAUGUCACCUUGUUUGGGCUGAGCAUUAUGAAAUCGUAAUCUUUCUCCUGCGGGACUUGCUAGUGCAGCAGAAUCACAGCAGGAACGUCAGAGAUGCAAGAGUUUUGAGUGUUCGUUUGCCUUAUUUAGAGUAAACAGGACAAUGUUGGUUGCAGCAAUACUAACAUUGUUCUGUCAUUGUUUCCUUUAACAAUGACAGAACACUGAUUUCUUCUCACAAGAUUUUCUUUUGCAAUGGAAGAUUUUGUCUAAAAUGGCCGACAAUCCCACAUUUGUAGACUUUGGUCCCUCACUUCAUCUGUAGAGAUUGUGCAAGUUGUCCAAGCCAGAGUUGCCAACUUUUCAGCUGUCGGUAAAAACGGUAAUAAAAUCUCCUUAAUUCUAAUGAGAUUUGUCUAGGCAGAGUUAGAAGAAAACUCUGAAACGUGAGAGUUGGCAACCCUGCAGGAAGUCGUGUCUCCGGUGACCCCAGGGUUUCAUUUGGCUGAUUUGUGGCAGGUUUAUAUGGUGCAUUUGAUUUGUACUCAAAUGCUGGAAUCAUAUAACUCCAAAUUAAGACUCCAAGUACACAUUCAAUAAAUAGGCCAUGCAUGUAAAACUAAUUGAAAGUCACAGUCAGCAAUAUAGUGGAUAUCGGCAUUCCCUUGUCAGGGACCAAAGCCAGCUGCAAAUAGUUAAACUCCAGGAGUGAUUGAGACCCCCUCUAGAAACGCUUGGCUAUUUUCACAGUUCAACACUAAAUAUACCUCAUUAUGCAUUAAUGCGUACAGGGGAAACCGUUUUAGCACUACCACAGAAGCUAACAUCUACAGCGGUCUUCCUUAUUUCAGCUUUCUGGGGUACAGCCAACCAGCACCAGUGAAAGUAAAUGCAGCUCCUGCAUUGGCUGCUUUGCAAACGGCAGCCAAUAGCAUGUCAAGUAGCAGGUCGCCCAGUUAAUCCAGCUUCCCGCCCUGCAGUUUCCUUUCACGUGUUUUAGAUGUGCGCCACAAAAAAAAAAAAAGAAUACUCAGAGUUUCUGCAAAUAACUUUAAGUUAGGUUCCACAGUAAAAUUGGUGAAUCUGCAAAAAAGAAAUGUGAAUAGGUGGCAGUUCACUUGUACAUCUGAUGAUUCCUUAUCGACUUAAAUCCGUAUAACAAUGUGAGAGACUGUAAUCGGUACACAAUAUUCCAGUCCAGGACUGACCAGUCCACAUUUGCAUUAUUCUGCUUAUCUGCUUCUAAGCCGACCCUAAAUAUUAAAGAUUUUAAACUAUCUGAUGCAGCCCAGACUUGUCGACACAACUUUUCAAAAGUCUGUUAGCUCUGAUAGGAAAAUGUGAAGCAGGUUAACAUUAAAACUAUUUCUGAAGUGCUUAAAAACCUUUUGUAUCUUGCCUCUGUCAAAUAUUCUAUUUUCUAGUGAGUACUCAAAAUGCUCCUGAAUAAAUAUUGUACAUUAUGUGUAGGGUUUGUCAAUGUUUCUCUUCAAUUCUUCUUCCAACGAGUGCUGCAUAAAAAGGCAAGUCUCAAACAGAUUUUUGUUGCUAAGAUAAAAUCAUCCACUUCAUUGCUAAUACCAGUAGAUCUGCUACUACUGCCCUGCUUUAAUGUUUAUGUUGCAGAAUGUGCUCCUGUUACAUUUCCCUGCAGACAGCUGUUAGCACAGCAACAGCUAGCAAAUCUGUCUUUGUUUUCCUGCUGCCUACUGGACCGGGCUCAGCCCAGCUCUGAAGUCAAUUCCAGAACCAUUACUGUUGCACAGAUCUUUGUUCCUGGACAUAUUUUCUGGUUUGGUGUCAAUUUACUGCUCAAGCUUUGUCCCCUGUAAAGGCAGACAAAGUCUUCCUUUGGGAGUACCAAGUACUCCGGUGACCUGUGUAUUGGCUUUUCUUUAGGUUUCACUGUGAACCUAAAGAUUCACCCCAGUGCAGCAACCAUAUCUAAGACGCUGGAGUUAUAGAAGUGGGACAGAUUCAUGGUGGCUGCACAUGAAGAUGGUAAUCAGACGGAUUUAGUCAGUCAAGCACUUAAUGAUGACUUGAUAUGAUGUGACUAGUCUUAUCUUCUGGUUAACCUCACGUUACACUGAACAUACAAGGCUGACAAAACAAAUUUAAUUCCUUUUAGUUUUUCCUUCUUUAAAUUUUAUUUUUUCUCUUGUCCUAAGUUUCAGGCACAUUUCAUUGUUAAAGAAAGUGAAUCUCUUUUUGGAAACAAAGGCCAUCUAGUGUUUGUGAUGAGUGAAAGUCACUGAGGAGAAAUGCUGGCCCACUCAUCUUAGUGUACAUUUUCUAAUUAAUUUGAAGGAUUUAAUGCGUGAACAACGUGCAAUUGGAUCUAAUUUAAGUUUGGACUUUGACACAGCCACCCCCGAACCUUAGUUCUUGUGCCUUUGUUUUAGUUUUAGUCAGAACUGUUCAUUUGUGCUUAGUUUCACUUUCUUAUUGUUAAAUCCAGACUUUCUGCAGGUUUCAACAUCUGUCUCGGACUUUUUAAAAACAUUAUGAAUGAAAUUUAAAACCCUCAACUUAACUUCAUCCAGCCAACUGGCGAUAAAUUUGUACUUACCCACGAGAAAUGCAAAAAAGCUAGUCAGCAGUGAGUUAGUGGUAGCCUCAACUAUCUUGAGUGUCACGCAAUGUAGACGUCAAAACAUAGAACAUACAAAAGUACAACAAAAUUUAAGAACUGUGACUAACAUACUAACAUAAAGGCAAACGUAUUGCUUCAAACUGAAUUCAAGACCUUAAUUUUAGAUACAUAAAUCUAAAUUUAAGACUUUUAAGGAUGUGCGGAUAUCCUGUGAAUCAUGUCCUCUGAACUGAGCGGAGUGAGACCUGCAAUGUGUUGGGCGUUCUGCUUGCUUCUUGUGGGACCUCUCUGAGUUGUCAAUGUGCUCCUGAAGUAAUUUUGAUAGGCCAGUCACUUGUGGGAAGAUUCACCACUGUUUUAUGUUUGGUUCUCAUUUUGGUUCUGCGUUCUCCAAAACCCUUUAAAACGGCUUUGUAAUGUCCUUUCCAGAAAGAUCGAUGUCCGCUGCUUUACCGUCAUCAAGAUCAAGGCAUGAUGUUUUGCUUUUUGACAUCUCUCAGCCUACUUCAUGUUGUCAGACAAGUUAUAUAUAAGUGAAUGUAUUGAUUCUACAGAUUUGACCAUAAUUAAGCGUGGGUGUUGUUUGUAAACAUCAUCUUAAUUGAUAAAAAAAAAUAGGUCACCAACCCGUAGGAAUGUGCUUGUUAUUUUUGAACGCCAUAAUCUUUGUCCUUGUGGAUCUAGAAUGUGACAAAGAAAAAGCAAAAACAGAAGAGAUCUGUGGCCAAUACGUUGAAACAACAACAUUCAAGGUCACCGUGGAGCACCGAAGGUGGAGUGUUUGUUGGUGCGCGCGCGACUGCGUCUGUUUAAUUGGGUCAGAGCGAUCACAAAGCAUCUCUGCGAGCAGCAUGGGUGAAUGAUGUAUGGACGGAAGACGAUCAAAAGCCCCUUCGCUUCCACUCCGCGUCGCCUCCAGCCCGUCCGUCACGGGUAGGAGUUCGGAGAUGAUAAACGGCAAACUUGGGCGGGGAGAAGAGUGCGGACAAUGUCAGAAGUGUGAAUUCUUUCCGAAUGACACGCUGAGCCAUUUGAGAGAUUGAUGGGCUACAUUAUUGUCCUUUGCUGAGAACGUAAACGCUUAAAGGAUAAAUCUCAAGAGAGCUCGAUGCUUGUGUCACUGAGUAUCUGUGAACACACGCAGGUGUAUAUUUAUGGCUCCGGGUACCAUCUUUUGAUGCUGAUGCACAUGAGUGGCUUCAGAUUUAUUUACAGCUGUGGGUUAACUAGUCAUCAGGGUAACACACCUUAUUCGACACAAAGUCAAGCACAGGAAUCAGCUCACUGUCUGCUUUCCACACAUACACAUACACACAUCCAGCACAUGCAAAAUGAAUCUCAAGGGCACAGUUAAAGUCAGAGCCGCAGGCCCGAGAACAUUAACACUCCUGUUUUGGUCUCUCUUGCCAUGCAUCACUACAUCCUCUUAUCCUCCCCUCCAUCUUCAAUCUGACGCCGUCAUCAGCUUUAACACACACACACACACACCUGUACUCAUAAUUUGCCUCUGCUAAAUCUUUAUGCUGUCAUUAUCAGAUCGUUUUUGUCAAAGGGAAGCUUAAAGCGCCGUCCGUCCGUCUUAUAUUACAUCACAAUCAUUUGGCACACAAGGGCACGACCUCUCAGCCACAACAUGCCGGUACUUAUCAGAGGACAACAAUACUUCCUGUCUGGAGUGCGUAACUAUUUUUGGUCUGCUGUACAGCGGACAGAGAGUGGCUGUUGCUUGCGUGCUAUAGGUCAAAAACAGCAGGGGUUUGGCAAUGGAAGCGAUUUUUAACUGGUGCUAACAUGUCGCCGCACCGAACAGAGGACAGAGUAAAAAUACAGCGGACGUUAAAGGAUGAGGGUUUGUGUUUGUUGACGUGUAGAAAGUCUCAAACAAUCCUCUGAGAAACACAUCUUUGGUCGAUAAUCGAUUUAUAGAGAAUUUGAAAAACCCGUGGUUUAAAGGUCUAGUUGAAGCGAGGUUCUCCGUAAUAGGCAUUUUCCCGCCAAAGCAGUUCUUUACUGGUUGAUUUACUUUUACAACCCGAAAGCCAACUUGACAUUACAUCAGUCAAUCAGAUUUGUUUGCAUAGCACAUUUCAGCGACAAGGUAGUAAAACUUGUGAAACCAGUAACAGAGAUUACAUUUUGUCCAGUGUCUUCAUUAAAAUCAUCAAUACGUUGAUGUAAAUGUUGCCAUUAUUAUGGGACAUCAUUAUAAACGUCUCAUCCAGUAAAUACUUUGUGGAGGAUCAUGGUGCAGGAAGACAUUUUAAUGUUAUCAGUGUCAGUAAACAGAUGUCCUCAUCUCAUUAUGUUAAUAUAUUAACACUAUUUCACAGGUUUUGUGAAUGAACAGAGAGAUUUAUUAACACCAAGCGAUGAUAAAGAUGAUUUUUAUUAGGAAGUGAGUUGUAAAUGGUCUCUAUGGAUUCAUUGAUUAUUUGUGAGUGCAUUGACCUCCUUAAGCUCCAUGACAAGCGAGUAAUUUGAUUACUUGCUAACACUAAAGGAAUAUGUUUUUAAUUUUUGUUUUUUUGUGCCUAAAUGAAUAAAGACUCUAAAAGGCCUAUACAUAUUCCACAAGAACUGAGUAGGGCUGGGUGAUAUGAACUUACAUUUUUAUCACGAUAUUUUGUGGUACUGUUGUGAUAUCGAUAAACGUGACAAUGGGAACUAUUUAUUACGGCUUUUCUUGGUUACUGAAUGGAUCUGAAAGCAUGACGCAGCAACCAUAGCCCCACAAACACAAAUACUGCUCUUGAAGAACACACCCAUUUGUAAUAUGUUUUUUUUUUUGGACACCAGUCGUGUGAUUUGCAACAACAGAAGGUAGUAAAUGCAUUUAACCAUAUUUUUUUGUUUCUGAGCACUGCAGCUCAAGGCGUAUAUAUGUUACCUUUUUACAUGAAAAACAGCCAUUUUCUCCAGUUACUGUUAUGAAGUUUGUCAUUUUAAAAAAAGUUAGCCUGUUGCAAACCUAGAGCAGUAAAUCUGUUAAGCACAGCGGGUGUUUAAUCCGUAUUUUUACUUUAGUCUUCCACCACUGUGUGCAUCUGUUAAUAAAAAAAAAUAAAAUAAUUUAAAAAGUCUUUGAAAAUGACUUAUCAUGAGACACAAUGUUAUAUCAGCAGAUACUGACUUUCUUCACUUUGCAGAAGACCAGUCACACCUUUUACCAGUCAUUCUGAAAAUAUCUCCCCUCACUGAAAAAUGCCAUUUUUCUAACUUGAGAGAAAAAUAACAUGGCUGACUGUCUUAUUUAAAGGAAUAUUGCAUAUUUUUGAGAAUUAAGAGCACAGCUUUUGCUGCUGAGGAAUGAAAAGGUGAAGUUGUUGCUCAGUCAGUCACUCAUUGCUGAGGGUGUUGAUCUUUGCCUUGAUCCAAGGAAGUGAUGAAUGAGAGACAGGGGCUGCUUUGAAACCUCUCCCCUCCACUCAUAAUCUCUUAACACAUACUGUGUAUGUGCGUGCAUGGGUGCAUGGGCGUGUGUGUGUGUAUGUGUGUGUGCAUACAUGCAGGAGAAGAUAUCAUUUCACCUGCUGUUUAGAACUCAGAGUGCUGUGAUGGCUCGCUGCUAAAGCUGCAGAUUUCAUACAUCCUUUAAGACUCCUACUGUCCUCCCUGUAGGUGUGUGUGUGUGGGUGUGGGUGUGUGUGUUUAUGUCCGGGAUUUCUGACACAGAAUUUGACCUUCUGUACCUGCUGAGAAACAGUCUGUUAUAUGUUUUUUUUCCCUCCCCCUGUCAUUUCUUUGAGAUUUUCCUUUAGUUUUGUACGUGAUGAAACAUGAGCAAUAAAAAGUUACCGAAUAA